CACAUGACCCAGGCGAGGGUCGGUCGCAGGCACUUAAGGACUAAUCCUGACGCAUGGCCUGCUCCGUCGGGGGACCUAGUCCCCGCUCUCACCCCCGACUCCACCCCCGCCCAAGCCCUGGCCGCUCCUUGGACCGUAACAUGGGACUGGAUCUAGAACCAAAGCUCAGUGUGAGUGCCAGCAACUGCGUUCGGACUGCGUCUCGGGUGUCCCCUGUGCGCCGCUGCUGCCAGCGGACUCCUCUUUCACGCAGCCCUCCGCAGCCUCUGCCGCCUGUGCGUCCACGAAGCCCCACACCCCGAAUGGGGCGCCGCUUAGCACGCCGAAAACCCCGCUACCAGCGCCAGGGGUCUGCACAAUGCAUCGUGCAGGCGAGGCCGGUUGCCCUGGGCAACCGCAAGACGCCUGGCCGCUCUGCCCGCCGCUCGGCCACAGCAGCACGCGCUUUAGGGCGGGUCCCAGGGGUUGGGGGCCAAAAGAACCAGCUACGAGAGGCGAGCAUGGAGAACGGCGAGAGGAAGAAGCUGUCUUCCACUUUGUCAGAUGGAGAUCACAAAGAAGAAAAUAAGUUAAAACAAGGAAUUCCCCAAGAUUUGUCUUCUUCCCCCAAAUUAGACAGAUACAAAAUAGCAAGACAGUUAACAGAAAAAGCCAUCAAGGAGAGGAAGAUUUUCUCCAUCUAUGGACACUACCCCGUCAUCCGGGCCACCUUGAGAAGAAAGGGCUGGGUGGAGAAGAAGUUCAAUUUCUUCCCCAAAGCUCUCCAGAACGUUGGAAGUGAAGAUAAAGGUGCUGAGACCAAAGAAAAUCAAGAAAUAGCCUUGGAGAGAUUCGAUGAUAUCCAUGAUGUGAUGUCCAGGUUGGUAAAGAACGAGAUACCAUACCUCCUCUGGACUAUCAAGAGGGAUGUUGUGGACUACCACAGCCUGACCUGUGACCAGAUGCUAAAUCACUAUGGGAAGACAGCAUCAUUCACGACCAAGAUUGGACUCUGCCUGAACAUGAGAAGUCUGCCUUGGUACGUCCAAGCCAACCCGAACACCUUCUUCCCACGGUGCUAUGGCCUUUGCACUGAGACCGAGAAGCAGGAAUUCUUGGAUGACUUCCGGCGCACGGUGGCUGCCAGCAUCCUCAAGUGGGUAGUCCAUCACCAGAAUUACUGCAGCAAAGUCAAGGGCAAGAGUAAGAAGGAGGAGGCCAAGAACAGUGACCCCAGCCCCAAGAAAGAUCCUGAAAAUCCUGACCUCAAGCUACCAAGCCUCUCGGGACAGGUUGUAGACACAGCGUGCAAGGUGUGCCAGGCCUACCUGGGACAGCUAGAGCAUGAAGACAUAGACGUAUCGGAGGCCAGCACCGAGGCCUUGUCUGAGGAGGAAUGGAAUGACCUGACACAGCAGUACUAUCUACUGGUUCAUGGCAACGCUUCCAUCACUGAUUCGAAAAAUUACUUUGCACAAUGCCAAGCUCUGCUGAGUAAGAUCAGUUCUGUGAACCCUCAGACAGAGAUCGAUGGGAUCCGGAACAUCUGGAUCAUAAAGCCUGCAGCCAAAUCCCGGGGUCGAGAUAUUGUGUGUAUGGACCGUGUGGAGAACAUCCUGAAUCUGGUGGCCACAGACAACCAGACCACAAAGGACAACAAAUGGGUGGUCCAGAAGUACAUCGAGACCCCAAUGCUCAUCUACGACACCAAGUUUGACAUCAGACAGUGGUUCCUCGUCACAGACUGGAAUCCCCUAACCAUCUGGUUCUACAAAGAAAGCUACCUCCGCUUCUCCACACAGCGCUUCUCCCUGGACAAGCUGGACAGCGCCAUCCACCUGUGUAACAACUCCAUCCAGAGGCGUCUCAAAAAUGAUAAAGAGCGCAGUCCGCUGCUACCUUGUCAUAACAUGUGGACCAGCACUCGUUUCCAGGAGUACCUGCAGAAGAGGGGCCGAGGAGGAACGUGGGGUAGCAUCAUCUACCCGUCUAUGAAAAGAGCUGUCACCAACGCCAUGAGGGUAGCCCAGGACCACGUAGAAGCCCGUAAGAACAGCUUCGAGCUCUAUGGAGCCGACUUCAUCCUGGGGAGAGACUUCAAGCCCUGGCUCAUCGAGAUCAACUCCAGCCCCACCAUGCACCCCUCCACUCCUGUCACGGCUCAGCUCUGUGCCCAGGUGCAGGAGGACACCAUCAAGGUGGUGGUGGAUCGCAAACUGGACCGAAACUGUGACAUCGGCAACUUUGAGCUUCUGUGGCGGCAGCCAGCCGUGGAGCUGCCACCGUUCAACGGGUCUGACCUCUGUGUGGAAGGUAUCAGCGUGAAGAAAGCCAAGAAGCAAAUGCCGCCCAUUGCCAACGUCGGCCUCUCAGAAUCACUCUUAGACGCUCCACCCAAAGUGCGGAGUGCCCGGGCCCUGAUGGAAACAGCGAUCAGGCCUUCCAGAACGACCGUGCGACAAGACUGGAAACGAGAAGAAGCAAAGGUACUUUCAACCACUUGGUCCAUGCCAGUAAUGGAUGCAGAGGUCAGAGGUCGAACAAAGCCCAUCUAUGCAUUCGAGGUCAAUGACUACCAACAUGUAGACAAUAAGUCCCACAAGAGCAGUUAUACCAGAGUCCAAUCCAGUAAAGUCCCAGGGGUGAACUUAGUAAGUGCACAGCACCCUGCCCUGUUGGCACAGACUAUGAAAACCACACAGAUGACCUCGCCUCCACCACCCACCGUGCCAGGGAACCAUAGAGAGGCUUCGCCUUUUUGUCCCAUUGUAUUUGAGGAACUCUGGCUCCACCCCAAUUCUCAAAGACGACCUUCAAGCUGUAUUCUCCAAAACAGGGCACAGGGUUGGAUCAGGGGUAUCCCCUGAGAGGAUCUCACAAGGGGUGCGGGGGCAACGCUGGCACUGACCUAGCCAGGCACUAGAGUCUGCGGUGUAAUGUUGGCCAAGGUGAGCAGCAUACUUGGGUCCUAUUGCAAUAGUCCCAGUGGGGUUUCCUCAGUACUACUUGUUUCCUUUAAGAUAGAGCAGGGAUCCAGGGAUGGGUUAUAGUGCUCAAACAGCAUCAAGUGCCGCCACGGAUAUGGAAGGUGGAAGGACCGCUGAGCUCUUGCGCACACUUUCCUGAAGAUUCAGAUGGCAUGGACACAUCCGUGAUACAGGGCGAAAUAUCUGAGCUGUGAUUAUACCCAGGACUUCAUUGGGCACUUGUUAACUGGCAUUGGUUCAGAAAGUGUUGGCUCAGGCCCCACCUUAAAGGAUGUUUGUGCCCCUGUGCUAUAACCUUCUACCUAAUUAGUCUAUCUCUCUUACUACCUCCUCGCUACCUGGUCCUGUCUAUAGCUCUCUUGCCUGCUUGUUGUCUGUGUCCCUGGAUGGGAAGGUCUGGAGCAGGUUCUCUCAACGCCACCUUUGCAAUUGUAUCCUACUGCCAAGGAUGGCAUGUGAUGUGUCAGGUGAACACAGGUGUGUGUUGCCUGUCAAGGCUCGGGGUGGGGAGUGGGGGUCAACCUCCAUACCUAUGCCUAAGCCAUCCUGCCUGGAUAACUCUGCAAAAGUGUGUCUAGGAACUCUAGGGGCUGCACACCUACAGAGUUCUUCCUCUGGGGAAAUGUCAGUAGAGACAACAGCUCUAGCUAACAAGUUGUAGGAAUAUCUGUAACAGUGUAGCAAUAAGCUACACACCAAUAGCUAACAAGGGAAGUUUAACUCUGAUAGCCAGGUCAACGAGACUCUAGAGAUGGUCUCCCCUCCAACAGCUCCUGGUGUCCAGCAGUGACCUCUGAUGACUGGUGGCUGCAUCACUCCUGGGUCCGUCUUCACGCAGGCAUUAUUGCCUUCCAUGGGUCUGUUUAGAGUUAGAUAAGAUAGCAAUCCUUGUGUUAGAUUCCCGCCCGCAUUGUAGUAUGACCUCAUUCAGGGAUAACCUCAGCAAAGACUAUUUCCGAAAAGGAAGGUUUGCAGGUGGACAUACAUUUGGGAGGAUGCUUCACCGUAUCUCACUCCCAUUGCAGAUAUAGAUAGUACUGAUUCACACUCUGGCCAGCACCCACCGGCAGCUGUUGCCCCCGGACGCUGCUGUUCUUGCCUCUUGUGAAGUAUUAGGAAGCUUCUUGCAUAUUUCCACUCGAUAGUAAAAUGAAAAUUAUCUGUUGUCACAUAUUUAACAACCACUUUGGUUUCUUCUAGAAAGUUCUCACUUGUAUCUUUGGUCAACUGUCCAAUGGACCCUGGGUCCCACUUUUCUCUUACCUGUCAUAGUUUCUGUUAAAGACUCCUCUCUCCCCACUCCUCCCACCUCCUCCACCCCCGGUCCGUUGCUUUUUGUUGCAAAAAUUGUUU